AUGAAGUGGAAGAAUGCAGAUCGCAUACGGCUGAUCUACCUUGCCUUCAUUCUUUGUGUCGUUUUAGCGAGAGAUGAGAAGCAGAAUAUCCCUCUCAAAUACAUCAAGGUGGUCAUGGAUCUUGAGAAGGUUCGAAAGUAUCUUUGGGGAGUUGCUUCUUAUGAUCUUCUCUGCGAGUCAAUAGCCAAGAACCGCUACAAACUGAAGGAGAAGACAAGUAGUUAUGUCUUAGAUGGAUUCUCCUACGCCUUGCAGAUUUGGGCAAUGGAAGCUGUACCAAAGAUUGGAAAGCUUUGUGGUAAAAAACUGGACAAAUCUUUUGCGGAUGGUCCUAGAUGCAUCGACUGGAUGGGAGCUGGAAAGGUGUCAUAUCAAGAGAUCAAUCGGUUGGAGGAUAUUUUUACAGCCGAGGAUGACAUGUAUCCAUUCAUCUCAUGGACAGGGAAUAUGGAUAUUAUCCAGAGUGUUGAUUUCCGCAGAGAUGAUGUGGAGGAUGAAAGAAUCAAGGGUCUGAUGGAGCUGAUUUCCGCAAAGAAUGACUUCACUCAGCAUGUUUGGGAUUUCGAAGAAGCUGUAGAGGAAUCUCUAGAUCAGCCUGAUGAAGAAAAUGUGAAUGGUGAAGAGGGAGUGAAUGAUGAAGCAGCUGAGACAGAUGAGAGUGAUGAAACUUUUCAGACUCCAAGAGGAUCAACGAGCCUAGGCGAUACAUCAAAGAAGAGUAAGAAAAGGCUUCCAGAUCGUGGUAUGGAAAGAAGGAAGCAUAAGGUUCUCAAUGGUGGAUCGAAGCAACCAUCUUUUAAUGAAGACAUGAAGGCUUUUAUGGCGCAGUUGUUUGAGCAGAGUAUCUAUGCAAUGGAGCAAAGGAUGGAGAAGAAGAUGGAUGAUAAAUUAGAGCGAUUGGAACAUCGGCUAAAAGCUCCAAAUAAGGAACCCCGCGUUGAAGUUGAGGAUGGAGAGACGCCUUCUCCGAGCAAGACAACGACGACCCAGCAGCCAUCGUUGAGGAGGUCCACACGCGGGAGUCCAGUGGAUCUUAAUUUCACUCAAGAAGAGGCUAGCUUUCGUGGAAUCAGUACGCAAGGCGUCGAAGGGCUUUCUCAGGCAUCUCAUGUAACCGACUUUGAUCCAUCUCAGACAGCAAAGGCAGAUGACUGGUGGACUCCAAUGACUUCAAUCCGAGGUUCGAGCAAGGCUAAAGCUCGUAAAGACAAUACAGUUCAACCCUCACAGUGGAAGAAGUGGUCUAGACUUGAGCUUACCGAUGAAGAUUUGCCCCAAGAUGGUUUUCCGCAGUCGUUGCUGUAUUAUUUCUCUGAAGAAUCAUGGCAAGGAUUCUACGAAUAG